AUGGAUCCUAGCCUCAUCAGAGAUUAUCUUUUACGUUUUCUAUAUCAACCUAAAGAUAGGGAAUAUCCAGAUUUGUGCCAAUUGCCAGAUUUAAAUGAACAAACUCUGCUGGAUAAUUUACAAGCAAGGUUUCAGGCUGGUCAUAUUUAUACAUAUGUCGGUAGUAUUCUAAUAGCCCUGAAUCCUUUCAAGUUUUAUCCCAUAUACAAUCCAAAAUAUGUAAAAUUGUAUCAAAAUUGUCGACUUGGAUCUGAUUUACCUCCUCACAUAUUUGCUGUGGCAGAUGCAGCUUAUAAUUGCAUGUUGAAAGAAAAGAAAAAUCAAUGUGUUGUUAUAAGCGGAGAAAGUGGUUCUGGAAAAACAGAAAGCACUAAUUUUUUACUUCAUCACUUAACUGCUUUAAGUCAAAAAGGAAGUCAUGGCAGUGGAGUUGAACAAACAAUAUUGAGUGCUGGCCCUGUGUUAGAGGCUUUUGGAAAUGCUAAAACUGCACACAAUAAUAAUUCGAGUCGUUUUGGAAAUUUAUUCAAAAAUUAUCAUGUUUUUUAUUAUUUGUUAAGCGUUAUUGGCGUUGAUCAUUCACCUGUGUCAAAUAAAAUCGGAUGUUUUAUUUUGGACAACGUAGAUGAAAAAUAUGAAUUUUCAAGACUGAAACAAUCAAUGGAAAUGGUAGGAUUUAAUACGGAGAAGCAAAGGAGGCUAUUCAGUGUUUUGUCUUCUGUUUUACUACUUGGUAACGUAGAAUUUCAACCUCGAAAAGCGACUUAUCACCACGAUGAAGCAGUUGCUGUUUGUAAUCCAGGAGUGGUUGCGUUAAUAUCCGAAUUGUUAAGGGUGAAGGAAGAAACACUUUUAACUGCUUUAACUGCCAAGAGAGCAAAAGCUUCUGGAGAAACUCUUAUAAUUAAUUAUAGGCUUCCGGAAGCUGUUGCAGCAAGAGACGCCAUGGCAAAAUGUUUAUAUGGUGCAUUAUUCGAUUGGAUUGUUUUACAAUUAAAUCAUGCACUUUUGUCAAAGAAAGAUACUUUGAGACAACAUCAGGGUAACUCAAUAGGAGUUUUAGAUAUUUUCGGUUUCGAAGAUUUUGGGCAUUGCAACAGCUUUGAACAAUUAUGCAUAAAUUAUGCAAAUGAGCAUUUACAGUUUUAUUUUAAUCAACACGUUUUUAAAUAUGAACAAGAAGAAUAUAGAAAAGAAAAUAUUAGAUGGAAAGAUAUUGAAUUUAUGGAUAAUACUGGUUGUUUGCAAUUGAUUGAAGGAAAACCUUUGGGAUUACUUUGUGUUUUGGACGAUCAGUGCAAUUUUCCUGGUGCAACUAAUGAAACUUUAGUUCAAAAAUUUAAUUCCGUUCACAAAGAAAAUGAAUUUUAUGAAGUCCCUCAGAGAAGAGAAUCAGCAUUUAUAGUACGACAUUAUGCUGGAAAAGUGAAAUAUCAAGUCGCAGAAAUGAGGGAAAAAAAUUUAGAUCUGAUGAGGCAUGAUAUUGUUGGAGUAUUAAAAAAUAGUAGUAUGGCAUUUGUAAGAGAAUUAGUAGGAGCUGAUCCUGUCGCGGUAUUUAGAUGGGCAAUAGUUCGUGCUUUUUUUCGUGGUUAUUAUGCAUUUUUAGCAGCCGGAAGAACGCAUAGACAAAAUCGCGGUAAAACUCAAAGUUCUGGAACUCUUGUCAAACGAAAACAACCUCUUACAGUCACUGCUCAAUUUCAAAUGAAUUUACAUAGUUUAAUGGAUACAUUGAACAUGGCAAAUCCAUUUUUUAUUAGAUGCAUUAAAAGUAAUGGCCAAAAGAUACCAAAUAAAUUUGACGAAGAAACCGUUCAACGACAAUUAAGAUACACGGGUAUGUUAGAAACAGUAAGAAUUCGUCAAGCUGGAUAUAACGUUAGAUUGACGUAUGAAGAAUUUGCACAACUCUAUAGAAUAUUAUUACCCAAUGGUGCAUCAAGUUCGGUUGCAAACGUAAAACAUUUUCUCACUACCCUUAAUUUCAAUCGUGACAAUUAUCAACUGGGUAGCACAAAAAUAUUUCUUAAAGAAUCAGAAAAAGUAAAAUUAGACUACAGACUUCAUCAGCAAAUAAUGUCGGCCAUUGUUACUAUUCAAAGGUGGUUUCGAGCCGGAUUAGAUAGGAAAAAAUUUCUUAAAUGGCUUAAUAAUCUUAGAAUACAAAUUCGUGCGGCUAUACAAAUUCAAACAUAUUACAGAAGAUAUUUGGCUAGGAAAAAAUUUAAAAACUUCCGCAAAUCCGUUAUUAUAAUACAAGCUCACGUGAGAGGAUUUUUAUUGCGACAAAAAUUAGCUAAAAAUGCAUCAUCUAAAAAAUUAUCAAUUUCACUGCCAAAGAAUGAAAAGUAA